GCAUUGUGCAUUUCCUGCCGUGAACGGUGAAUCAAAACCGGCGAUACAAAGGGAAGGGUUUCUCUUUUUGGGAUUUCUUCAAUCCUUUCUCCAUAAUAUCCCAAUCGCGAUUUCGCGAUUUUCGUUUUUGCUGAAUUUGCGGACGUAGAUCUCGAUCGCCACCUCCGUUCCGGUGAUUCUCUUAGCGGAGAUCAUCUUGUUGUUGCUAACGUAGAUGUUCUUCCGAUUUUCAUAUAACUUUUAUUGAGUGAAUGAGUUUUCGGUAUUGGAGGAUUUAACUCACAUUUUGGAGGACUUACUUUCAUGUUCUGUUCUGGAUUCGAAUUUUCCCCUCCUUUGUGGAUAAUUAGAUCUUGAAAAUUGGCUCCGCAAAGGCGAUCUCAGCGCCACAUGGGUGGCCAGAUGCAGCAGAGCAGUGCAGCGGCCACCACGCUCUUUGAUCAUGCCGGUGGUGGGUCGCUGCACAAUGCGGGUCCUUCAAGUGACGCUGGCGAUGCUGUAAUGGCGCGGUGGCUGCAGUCUGCGGGUUUGCAGCAUCUGGCUUCUCCCUUGGCUUCUACCGGUAUUGAUCAUCGCCUUCUUCCCAAUCUGCUUAUGCAGGGUUAUGGAGCUCAAUCUGCUGAAGAGAAGCAGAGAUUAUUCAAACUAAUGAGGAACCUCAAUUUUAAUGGGGAUUCUGGGUCUGAGCCAUUCACGCCAACUGCCCAGAAUUCAGGAGGCGCAGCUGCAUCUGAUGGCUUUUAUUCUCCAGAGUUUAGGGGGGAUUUCGGGGCUGGGCUUUUGGAUCUUCAUGCCAUGGACGACACAGAGCUUUUAUCUGAGCAUGUCAUCCCAGAGUCCUUUGAAUCAUUGCCAUUCAUGCCUGAUAUUACAAAAGCUUUUGAAAAUGAAUUUAGUGUGACAACUGGCCUGCAGAAAAAGGAGCUAAAUGAUACAGAUUCCUCUGUUCCAUCCUUCUCUACAAAUGAAAAGGAGAACAGCACAAGAGAAAACAAUGUGGCAAAGAUUAAAGUUGUGGUACGUAAAAGACCCUUAAACAAGAAGGAGCUUGCUCGGAAGGAGGAUGAUAUUGUGACAGUCUCUGACAAUUCAUUAAGCGUCCAUGAACCCAAGCUAAAGGUGGACUUGACAGCAUAUGUCGAGAAGCACGAGUUCUGUUUUGAUGCUGUCCUGGAUGAGAACGUUACUAAUGAUGAGGUAUAUCGGGUAACUGUGGAGCCAAUUAUUCCUACCAUUUUUCAGCGAACAAAAGCCACCUGCUUUGCUUAUGGUCAAACAGGUGGAUGGAGACUGAAUUUUUCCUCUCCUUGCCAAUAGCAUAGACAAUUGUGGAGUGAAUUACAGCUUUAAAACAAGCAUGCACUGAUGCUUCUAAGUUUCACAUCCUUUUAUUUCUAUUUAAAUUAUUAUUUGUUGAGAUUGUUGAAUUGCUGAUGAUUCCUCAAUGUGUAGUAGAAUUAUAUUUAGACAUAACAGGGUCAAAAGUCCUGCUGUGCUCUCUCUGGAAUGCAUUCACAUACAUACACACUUACAUCUCUUUAAUCCUUGUAUUUCUACUUUUAGUUGCUCAUCCCUUUCGAUGGUGGUUACGAGGGUAAAUUCAAUUUACAUUGAUCUUUGCACUUUAUUUUUUUUUUUUAGUUUAAGAACAACAGGGAUAAAUCAUGCUCAGAAUCUGAAGUGUUCUAAUAACAAAUUUCUCUUUCUACUUUUUGUUUAAGAAAUCACAUUCUAAUAUUUGUGAAAAAAAUGAGAUGUAAAUAGUCAACUCCUGUCUUGUUUGAUCAGCUAAAAGAAAAAGGGUCAACUUCUGUUGUUAUUGCAUGGUUAUAGUGUUUGUUUGAGUCUAAGUGCACAUGCAUGGGGGAGCACAAUUUUAUGUGUGUUUUUAAAGUUUUAUAGAGACUGCUAGGUAAAAUGGUUCCUGAAAUUAAAUCACAUUAACUAGCAUUCAAAAUCAGAAAUUUCCUGUGCCUGAUUAAGAUUGAUGAGAAAAUUUUAUACCAGCAGGCAUGCACAUUCAGAGGCAU